GAAGGAAUCAUUAUUUUCCCCUUAAGGAAUCACUUUUAUUAAAUAAGAUACUUUUGUUGUGCCAGUAUAGUCUAAAGACUUAAGUCAAUAAACUUUGGUACCAGUUCGAUAAAUCAGGAAUCUAUUGCACGGCUUCCGUAAAUACUUUGUUAUGAAAUUUACGACAACGAUUUGCUGUGAAUUAAAUUUUAUUAGAAGUCUAUAGUUUUUUCAUAAAUUAAUUUAAACGUGACGACGAUAGGAAGUUAAAUGGAAUCUCGAGAGAAAGGAACUUCUUUUCCAGUCUGGAUUGGGUCUCUUGCAGAAUCUGUUAACGAACAAGUAUUAAUGAUGCAUUUUAACAAGUUUGGCCCCAUUCGAGGUAUAAGCAUUGUAAGAGAUCUAGUUACUAGGAAAUCAAAACAGUUUGGUUAUGUAAAUUACAGUAACCUAGAAGUAGCAGAGCGAGCAGCUGAUCAAAUGAAUAAUGUUGAAAUAUGUGGAAAGAAAAUAAAAACAAAAGGUCCCCACGAUCAACCAAUCAAAUCAUCUAUUUCAUCAGAAAGAAAAUUAGAAAUUAUAAACUUAACAGACUGCUACUAUUUUACCCAAUUUGGUAAAUGUGAAGUGAACACAGGAAAGACCUGUCAGUAUCGUCACUUUGAUUUAUUACAAAAAACAAAAGAAGUUUGCCCUAAUUGGGGUAACAAAAGUUGCACUAAUCUGAAAUGUCCUAAAUUGCACCCUAGUCAAAGGCAGUAUAAAGAAAACAGUAAUAAUUCUGAAAUGGUUUUGGAACGUUGUAAAUCUCACAAUGCAUUUAAAUGCUAUGGUCAGUGUGGCAAAACUGAUUGUGAUAUUCAUUUUAAUGAUGAGCGAAAACUCUACGAUCAUAUAACCGAGGGAAAAAGCUCGUUAUUACCCUGCAAAAUAUGUAACGCUGUUUUCUUCAAUAAAGAUGAAAUGGAGAGACAUUCUCAUCCUGAAUAUUCAACAAAAUAUGGUUCUACAGCCAAACUGAAUUCUAUUAAUACUCCUGCUCCUCAUAGUGGCAUCAAUGUUGUGCCAAUAGGUGUUUUUUGGGAUAUAGAAAACUGCCAAGUUCCAAAAAAUAAAUCUGCACUAGCAAUUGUUAAAAAAUUGCGGGAUCGGUUUUAUCCUGGCCGCAAAGAAGCAGAGUUUAUUUGUGUUUGUGACACUAAAAAAGAAAAAGAGGAUGUUCUCGAAGAUCUAAAUAAAGCACAAGUAAAUGUUAUUCACAUAAAUGCAUCCUCUAAAAAUGCAGCAGAUGACAAGUUAAAGCAACAAUUAAGGCGAUUUGCACAAUCUUAUCCAUCUCCUGCAACAGUUUUACUUGUAUCUGGAGAUAUCAAUUUUGUUGCUGAUUUAUCAGAUUUGCGUUAUCGUCAUAACUUGCAUAUUAUAUUACUUCAUAAUAAACAAGCUUCACAAGCACUUCUCCAGUGUGCACAUGAGAGUGAAUGUUUUGAUAUAUUUACAGAUAGUAUUUUGCCACAUUCUCCAAUGUUAAUGACAAGCGAAACAAAAGAGUCGAAUCAACUUGCUGUAUUCAAUAUUCCUCACUGUAAAAAUAUAUCCACUGAACGCAUAACACAACGGUUAAACUUACUUUCACAAAAUACAGGAGGAAAAGUGAUUAAAGUCAAAGCUUUUAAAAGUCCUAGCAAUAAUAAAGCUAUAAUUAGUUUUCCGAAUGUUGAUUGUGCUCGCCGAGCACUACAACGAAUUAAUGGCGAAAAUAUUUUUGGUUACACUAUUAAUGUAUCUUUCCAUUUUGAAAAGAACAAGAAAAUUAAGAACAACGAAAAAAAAAUUCAAGCUGAACAACCUAGAGAACAUGAAGAUAUUGAAAAUAAAACAAGAAACAAUUCAGCCAGUGGUGUUUACACCAAUUUAAAAAAGUUUUCAUCUGCAUCUACUCCUAUUUUAAAUAGUGUUCAUGGAAACUCUCGUAGAAAAAAAGGUAUAAACAAACAAAAUGCUAAUCAAAACAAAGUUUUAAAUGAAGAAAUUGCAUUUAAAAGUAACCAAAAUGUUGUGAAAUUUAUGCCACCUCUAAUAGAAAAUAGCAAACAAAAUGAUGUCAAUCACACACCAUUUAUUAUUCCUCCAUUAAUGGAAGUAUUCCCAUUUGGAAUGCCGAGUUUAUGUAAUGUAAAUCCAGUGUUGCCUAAUGGUUUAAUAAAACCUCCUUUUAAUAAAACAGAAAUAUUUAAUGGCAUUACCAUUCAAGUUUCAAACUUAGAUAAGUCUAAAGAUUUUAAGGAGAUCAAAAGUGGUCUAGAUUUUUUAUUCCGAAAGUAUUCAAAGGUGUUGCAUAUAUCUCAAGGUCAAACUUUUAGUAAAACAUUAAAUGCACUUGUCACAGUAGCAAAUAUGCAGGAUGCUCAACUUUGUAUUUCAAAGUUAGAUAACUGUUUGUUGUUUAAUCGUCCAAUAAAAUUAUCACAAUUAAACAAGGAUAAUAUUGGUUUGGUUAAAAUGAAAGAAAAUGUAGAAGCUAUUUUAUGUGAAACAUUUUCUGGGUGGCUUCCAUUACAAGACUUUCUUCUAAAGUACAAAGUUAAACAUGAACAGCCAUUUCAUGUCUUAAACUUUGAGCAUAUGAAAGACUUAAUUUAUAUUGAUGGGAAGCCUGGUUAUCAAUUUAUAUGCCUACUUUCAUUUCGUGUUGGUUUAACAUUAAAACUUGAUAUUGAGUUUCAAGGAAAACUUGAAGGUGUUUUGCUGUCUCACAAUCGCAAAGUUCCAUUAGCAAGUCUUCCAGGUCUUUAUUGGAGCUAUCAGCAAAACCUCCUUCCAUUGGGUAAAGGAGGAAUUCCAUUAAAUCAUGUUUUGAGUAAAAAUAUCACUCUUGUUGGUUUGCCAGGAUCACAAGCAGUUUUUCAUAAAAAGUUACCUUCAGUGAAUGGUUACUCUUUAUCAAGUUUUCAGUCAGAAAUUAUUUUGUUGUUAAAAAUGUCUCCAAAAUUUGAAAUUCCUUGGAAUCGUUUCUGUCUUCACUAUAACCUAUUUUUUGGUCGUGAGCUGUGCUUUCAAGAUUUUAAAUGUAAUGAUCUUGAAGAAUUGAUUAGUAAAGUUUCUGAAAUAGUGAAGGUUGAUAUUCAAAACAAUAAUAGAGUGGUGACUUUUACUAGAAACUUCACAGUACAAAUUUUAAAUGAAGAAUUAGAUUCACUAAUAAUGUCAUGCAAUAGACAUAAACUUCCUGUUACUAGUCUUUUUACUACAUAUUAUCGCUUUUUUGGACAUAAAUUUGUGCUUGCUAAUUAUGGUUUUAACUCGCUUCAAUCGCUGCUCUCUUCUCUUCAACACCCUUUUAAAGUGUUUAGAGUAAGUGAUAAGCAAAUUCUUACUAAAGUUCAAGCAGGAGUUAAAAAGAGUUCUCAAUCAAUUAAAGAAUUUGCUGAAGAGAUUAUCUCUAUUAUAAAGGAAUUACCUGAGAAGAGGGUAGCCAUUAAUAUUCUGUCAUCUGAAUAUCGUAAAAAGUAUGGUCGCCAACUCAAACUAAACAAACUUGGAUUCAGUACGUUUAAUGACCUUGUUGGUGCAUUAUCUGGAUUGGUUAAGGUUGAAGUUGUUGAUGAAACAAAAUAUUUAUCAUUGCUAGAAAACAUUGAGCAUCCUGCAUUAUGGCAUGAAAUUACACUUGUUAUCAAAAAAAUGCCAUAUUUGACCAUUAUGGCUUUGCAUUUGCCAAAUUAUUACACAGAGAUGUUUAGAAAACCGUUUCCCUUAGUAAACUUGAAAACAACCACUUUUUUUGAUAUUAUUCCUCCUACAUUUCUUAGCAUUGGGGCUGGAUCUAAUAGAAUACUUAUGAGUAAAGAAAGUUGUCCAUGUAUAUUACGUUCUAUUUUGCUGGAAAACUUCUUAUAUUCUUGUGAAGAGUUUACAUCGAAUUCUUUGGAAAUUUCAAAUAUUUUUAAAAAAUUUGGUAAUAUAUUGAAACCAGAAGAAGUUAAGGAUAUAUUUGGAUUAUGCAGACAUCCAUCAUUUAAGGUAGUUAACAAUGGCAUUACUUUGGCGCAGUCAGCUGCUUGCAAGAUGUUUGAGCAUGACAUCAUUAGCUUAUUACAUGAGGAGCCAGAGCUAAAUUUAAAACUGAAGGAUAUCAUAGGGAAAUAUCAAAAAAAGUUUGGCAAAACUUUGAAAGUUACUGAUUUUGGAUAUACUACUUUGCAUGCCUUAUGUGCAAAUCUCACUGGAGGGAUUGUUGUGGUGAAGAGAGUUAAUGAAAAUGAUAAUGAAAACUUGGUUGAGCUUGGUCCACUAGGGAAGAUUUACUUCAAAUGCAAAAGUGUUGUUGAUUUUCAUCAUGGAACUCUGAUGCUUUGUAACUUUGCCACAGAAUAUCAUAAAAUGCAUGGCACACAAAUUAAACUGGCAGAUUAUGGGUUCAACAAAAUAUUGGACCUAAUAAAUUGUUUUCAUAAAAUAUUUUUAGUUCACACUGAAAAAAAUAUGAAGUUAAUAAUUUCAAUUGAGCACCUGAACAAUUCAAGUGGGUUUAAUCAAGAUUUUGACAUUAGACAUGACUUGCAAUUAGAUCAACUCAAAUUUGAUGUCAAUUCUGAAGAAUCAGAUGAAGAUAAUGCGGAUCUUCUGGAGUUUGAUGACGAUGGCAAGGAUGAUGUUUUAUCAGAUCUAAUGGAGAAAGAACUUGCUAAUCCAUUGGAGUGGUGGAUGGAACCCAAUCCGAAUCUCUCAGAUUCAGUUCUUGAACCUGAGCUCAGUCAAAACGUUGUAUACGAUUUGAUUUCUUUUACAGAAUUCGAAGACAAUCAAAACAUUGAUAAUGGUGGUUCAGAUGAUUUUGGAAAAGUUAAUUCAGUUAAGCCUUUGCAUUCUCACCAAGUAAACGAUUUGGCAGAAGUCUUUUCUUAUGAAACACCCAUUGAAAAAGUUGCAAACAACUUUGUUGAAAGUGAGAGUUGUCAAUCUUUUAAUCGUUACUCUUGUUUUCCAAGUUCUACGAGUGUUGCUGAAGGAUUGCAAAAGACCCCAAAUUCAAAUGGAAUAAAUACGUCUGAUAAGAUCUCUGUGCGUCCAAAACUUGCUGCUAAUUUUUCUAAAAAUUAAAUAUUUUUGUGUUUUUGGUCUUUUCUUUGUUAACUCUUAAAUGGUUUAUUUUUGUUCGCAUUUGAUCCUUUGAUCCAUUUAUUUUCGUUCGCAUUUCAUUAAGUUUUUCCUUAUGAUCAUAUUUUAUUUUCAGUGUAGUGAAUUCAGAAGAAACAUAGAAGAAAACAAGUAUGUUUUCUUCUAUAUUUUCCAGACACAAACGAGAUGUUGUCUAAAUGCAAAUGAAUCAUGUAUAUUGACCAGAGACACGUGAAAUGUCUAAAUGCAAAUGAAUUGUGUAUAUUGACCUGACGCAUAUAAGAUGUUGUUAUACACUUUUUAUUCUUUUUUCUUUUAUUAUAGAUAAAGGAUAUUAUUAGAAUAAAAUGAAAUUAAAAUCUUAUUUUGUAUUAAGAUUUUAUUUCGAAUGCAGAAGUAGUUGUAUACAUAUUGCAUGAUUUUCAGAAACAGGCAAAUAUUUAGUACUUGUAACCAUCGUUACAGAAACAAAAAUGUGUUUGUUAUAAUUACUGUAUGCGCAUGCGUUUCUUUAUGGUAAUUGAAAUCAGCUUUUUGUGGUUGUUAUUACCGACUUAUAUGCAUUUUCAUGUUUACUGAUUCAUGAGUAUAUAUAUUUGCCUUGAUUCCAGAAAGUGAUAUGUUUUUCAUAAAGAAUGAAAUACUGUGUAUUUUUCCUGUACAGAGACACUGUACUUUUCGUUAUUUUCAAAAACAAGACAAAAAGUAUAUUUUUUAUGAUUUUUGAAACGUGCAUGUGUAUUUUUUAUUCUUACAGUGAGAGGCGUAUAUAUAUUUUUUGAUUGUAUGUGCAGUACGUAUAUAGAAUUACAUAAUUCGAUUAAUAUAUAGAUAUAUAGAUGCACAAACAACAUUACGUCAUAAAUAUACAUGUCUUUUUUUUCAUGCACGCAUUAGGUCAUAUGCAUGCUUUUCUUAUUCAUAACUCAUAAGUAUACGUUAUACGUAUACAGGUAAUAUGCGUCAAGCAUAAAGUGUUGUACAUAUACAUAUGUCGUAUGCAUCGGACUUAAAUGUAUACACAUGUCGUGUGCAUCAGGCUUUAACGUAUACAUACGUCGGGUGCAUCAGGCUUUAACGUAUACGAUUUAUAGAGGUGUAGUAUUGAUCGUGUGUAAUAUUGAAUGGAUAAGUUUUUAUAAUACAUCGUAUGUAUCAUCACAAUCGUAUUAUCACAAAUACGUCUUGUUAUGGAUUCUGUUCACUGCUUGUUUGCAUAUUUUUUAUUUUAUAAAAGAUAAAUGUAAAGUGUAUUUUUUUGGUUUGUGAAUUAUUUUUUACAUUUUUUUUUUAUUUUGUUUUGUUACACUAUAAUAUUAUAUACAAUAUAUUAUAAUUUGUACAAGAAAUUGAUAAUUUAAAUAUAAACUGUAAUAACAAGUAAAUCAGUACAAGGUGAUUACAAAAAAGUAUUACUCAAAAGAUGUGCGAAGCUGAAAUCAGUAAAUAGAUUUCGUUUUUUCUUUUUAAAUUUUCAUAAAAAAAAACUAACGGUUUACAAGUGUUGCUUAUACAAGUUUUUUUAUUCUUUAUUUUUAAAGAUGUCAAUCGAUAUAGUUUUUAUCGUUCGUUAAUAUUAAUAGUAUUCAAAUUGUGAUCAAAAACCUUUUAUUACCCCUAAAAUUUUGUGAAAUAAUUUAUAAUAAAUGAAAUAAAUCCCCAUAGUACAUCCUGUUUUAAUAGGCUAGUAUGGACAAUUGCAUAUCAUAUUAACGAGGCGAUUUAUCGAUCUAUAUCGGUAACUGAUUUUGUUCCACUGUUAGUUCUUUUUAAAUUCUUUUGGAGAAAUACCUUCGAGUUAAGUGCUUAUAUGUUGCGAAAGUUUACGUAAUUUUUCUCGUUCAAUUUAUUUUUUCCUGUAUGAAAGGACGAGUUUUUUUUAUAUGUUGGCAGUGUAAAUCUACUGUCGUAAAUACAAAUCUAAAAUGCUUUA